UAUAAUUUCAGAAGUAAAAAUGGCGGGGGUUGAAAAGGUGGAGGAGGAGGAAAGUGUUAUUUCCCUCAUUUCUCACCUUUCGGCGUAUUAUGCCGGGCUAUGUUCGCCUACACGGCGGGACGGAAUAUCUAAUUACAUUUUCAGCCGAGACAGUAAAGAAGUGCAUCACAGACUAACCAAGAGAUAUAAACGAAUUGCGUUCGAGUUCAUAUUAAAGAAGAAACCUAUUUUAAAAUCGCAACUUGGAUACACUUCGUGUACUGACGCACUGUACGGUGAAGGAUUAAAGCUAUCAAUACAAGGGGAUACAGAGGGUUCGAAUAAAUUGAUAAAAUUGACAGAUUCGUUGGACAUCACCCAACCAACCUUGGACAAUGUGCUCCGAUGUAUCCUUGCACUGGCAGGGUCCGGGCCGAGAAAAGUGAAGUUUUAUGGGUUUCGACAAAUCGGAGACUGUGCUCUACAAAUAACUGGAGAAAGGGGUUCGAAUCCAUAUUCCGAUAGUUUCAAUUAUUCUAGCCAGGGCAGAGACAAAACAAUUAAAUCAAGUUCUUCUGCUCCGUACCCGAUCAAUUUCAAUUUCGAAUUAUCCACGGUUAGCAGAAGCUUAUAUCCUCAACCCUCUGAGGGAAUGAAAUCGAUGCGUAAUCUACAUACACCGAGCAACGCAGUUUAUACGCAUGAAAUUCACUCAAAUGCCAAGAUUCGUUCUGAAGUUGGAGACGAAGGAUAUUCUAGUCCGUCUCCGAUUCAGGAAUAUGAUGAUGUCUGGGAAGGAGUUUGGAAGGAAAAAUCGCCGGAAAAACUUUCCUGGGAAACUUUGGGAGGAAAAGGACUUGGAUUGGAGGAGAAACCUUUCUUAUCGGAGGCAGGGCCGACCUCUGUUCAUCAUCUCUGGCAGAUGUGCAACGAUAAUCUUCGUCUACUCGAUCCCUCAUUCGCACCUCCUGUACUGCAUGUCAUUGAGGAGAAGGCUCUUUGUACGCAUAUUGCGUACAUCUUGGCUGGGAUAGAAACUGCCUCUUUUUCUACCAAUCCGGACACUGGACGGUUCUGUAUCCUGCCUGGAUUAUGUAUUAAUGGAUUAACUAAUCAGGUUCUGUAUCCUGCCUGGAUUAUGUAUUAAUGGAUUUACUAAUCA